UUGUAAUCGACCACACGUUACAUUUAUAUCUUGGUCUACUUGUACCAAAAGUGUCUAGGGUGAGAGACAGAGUUCGAUUAUUUAGAGGAAUAGAAUGAUGAACAUGGAUGAUGUUGUGAUCCAUGUUCAAGGAAUGCUGGAGAACGCAAACCCACCCGUAACUGAAGAGUGCUCCAUCUAUAGAGUACCUUUACUUAUUCGUCAACUCAACCACGAAGCUUACACUCCAAAGGUUGUUUCCAUAGGCCCUUAUCACCAUAACAACCCUCAUCUUCAGAACAUGGAAAGACAUAAAGUAACGUAUUGCAAGUCAUUUCUUGAACGAACCAACACAAGUAUGGAAAGUUGGAUCCACUAUAUAGCAGGUAAGGAGCUCCAAAUUCGUCAAUGCUAUUCAGACGUUCUUGAGUUCAGCCCAAAGGAACUGGUAGAGAUAAUUUGUGUGGAUUCGGGUUUUAUACUGGAACUCUUCUGGACAACUCACUGUGGUACAUAUAACAAGUAUCUUUCCACACCAUGGUUUGGAAUUAUGAUAUUAUAUGAUUUGGUGUUGCUCGAAAACCAACUUCCUUAUUUUGUUCUUCACGAUCUCUUCUAUCUAUCUGUUGGCGAUGGUAACAAUAACAUCCCUCCACUCAUCCUUCUUACAUUUCAAUACUUUGACUUUUUCAAUAGGUUGGAUUUGUCUCCUAAUUUUAUCACAUGUCAUCACUUCACGGAUUUGUUACGAACUUUUCACUUAUGUGGAAGAAAACAAACUACAAGGACCAGCCAAUGGCCGCAUAUUCCUAGUGUUACUAAGUUGUCAGGAGCAGGUAUAAGGUUUGAAAGCUGCAAAAGUAAGUGCUAUCUAAACUUGAGUUUUUCGAGACAGGUUCUUAAAAUACCAAGAUUCACAGUGGAUGAUGGUACUGAACUUUUGUUUCGCAACAUGGUGGCUUUGGAGCAGUUUCAUUAUCCUGAUGAUGCCUACAUUACAGAGUAUGCUCUUGUUCUACAAUACUUGGUAAACACGGCUAAGGAUGUGGAUAUACUGGUUAGAGCGGGAGUUAUGAAGAACUUAUUAGGGGACAGCGAUUCUGCGGCUGAAAGGACUAAACGUCUUUGCAGAAAUAUUGUUCUCAAGGAUUUUAGUUCUGAUUAUGUUUCUCUGUGGCAGGACUUGGAUACUUCGUACAAAAGUCGUCGUCUUAAGUUGAAGUCAACUCUUAGACGUGAUUAUUGUAAAAGUCCUUGGCAAACCGCUGCUACCAUUGCUGCAAUUGUUGUCCUUCUUCUCUCGUUUGUUCAAACAAUUUGCUCUAUCUGGCAGAUAAAACAGUCUUAGAAUGUCUUACCUCCUCUCCAAUACCUCGUCAAUCAAUCGCCUUACAUGUUUAUAUGUUUUUUUCUUUUGAUUAUUCUAUUAUGUCUGUUAUCUCUAGUUGCUGACUUAAAGCAACUAAGUUCUUCUUUAUGUUUUGUUUGGUGUGUUUUUUUAUCGUCAAUUAUUUAUGUACCAUGUUUAAUUAUUGUAAUGUUAGAUAAUUAUGUUUCAUUUA